AUGAAUUGGUUCGGUAUAAAAUAUCAACGACGAAGAAAGAAAUGUUCAAAAUGGAAUAUUAUUGUAUGUGGAAUUUUUAUGACUUUAUUUUAUCUUUUCUAUUAUGAAUAUUUUAAUUCUUUUACUUCUAUUACUCUUACGUCUACCUCUUCGUCUACAUUAUCGAUGAAACUUAUGACAAAAAGUUCAACACGAUGGACAAAAAAUGUUAUAGAGAAUAAAAUACCAUUUCAUAAUGAUUAUCCACGUCCACAUUUAAGACGAAAAUUAUGGUUAAAUUUAAAUGGAAAUUGGUCAUUUACAAUAACAUCUAUUAAUGAAACAUAUCCAAAAAAUUUUGAUCGAUUUAUUCGUGUACCAUUUCCUGUUGAAUCUUAUUUAUCUGGCAUUGAAGAACGUGUUGAUUCAAGUAUGUAUCUAUGGUAUAAACUAAAAUUUCAAAUAAAAUCUCAAGCCUGGUAUAAUGAUAAUCAUCAUCAUCAAUAUCGUAUAAUAUUACAUUUUGAUAAAGUUGAUUAUGAAACAGUUGUUUAUUUAAAUCAUAAUAUAGUUGGUGUAAAACAUUUAGGCGGUUAUGAACCAUUUUCAUAUGAUAUAACAUCAUAUUUCAUUAAAUAUCAAGAUAAUGAAUUAGUUGUACGUGUUUGGGAUCCAUCAGAUAAAUGGUAUCAACCACGUGGAAAACAAGUAUUAGAUGUUAAAGAAAAACAUUCAAUAUAUUAUACUCCAUGUUCUGGUAUAUGGGGAACAGUAUGGUUAGAACGAGUACCAUAUAUUCAUAUUGAUCGUUUACAAUUUCAAACAAGACUAUCAUCAACACAUGUACUUUUAAAAUAUCGUAUAGAUUUAAAAUCAAUAAUAACAAGUUUUAUAUUAAAAAUAAGUAUCAUUGAAAAAAAUAAUAAACAUUUAAUUGAUUUUAUUUCUUAUAAACCAAAUAUUGAACAAGAAAUUUCAUUUCCAUUAAAAAAAAUCAAUCUUUGGUCACCUGAAAAUCCAUAUUUAUAUGAUAUUCAUAUUGAUUUAUAUCAAAAGGAUAUAUUUAUUGAACAUAUUGAUAGUUAUAUUGGUUUUAGACAAAUUACUCUUUGUUCUAAAAAGAAAAAGAUUUGUCUUAAUAAUAAACCAUAUUUUAUGUUUGGAGUACUUGAUCAAGGUUACUGGCCUGAUGGUCUUUAUCGUGCACCAACUGAUGAUGCAUAUCGAUAUGAUAUAGAACAAAUAAAAAAUUUAGGUUUUAAUACAAUAAGAAAACAUAUGAAAAGUGAAACAUCACGUUGGUAUUAUUGGUGUGAUGUAUUAGGUAUACUUGUUUGGCAAGAUAUGCCUUCAGGAGAUUCUUAUAAAUGUUAUGAAACUAAAUUAGAUGUUAAUAAACAAUUACAAUCACUUCGUGAUAAUAGAACAAAUAAUUUAACACUGAAUACAAAUAUAGAUAAUGAUUUAUCUAUACAUUUAUCAACAUCUAUUACAAAGAAUUUUAAAUCUAAAAUUCAAUUUGAAUAUGAAUUAAAAGCAAUGAUUGAUUUUCUUUCAUUUCAUCCAUCAAUUGUUAUAUGGGUAUUAUUUAAUGAAGGAUGGGGUCAAUAUGAUACAAUACGUUUAACAACAUGGUUACAAUCCUAUGAUCAAGAUCGUUUAAUUAAUUCUGCUAGUGGAUGGCAUGAUCGAAUAGGUAUUGGACAUAUUAGAGAUAUACAUGAUUAUUCGAAAAAAAUUUCAUUACCAUUAUCUAAUGAUGAAACUCGAGCAUUAGUUAUUGGUGAAUGUGGUGGAUUAGGUUUAAGAACAUCUGGUUGGAGUUAUCGUGAUUAUAGUGAUCGUUAUUUAAUGACAUAUGAAUUUGAACAACUUUUUAUUAAUCUUUCAUCACGUUUAUCAGCUGUUAUUUAUACACAAUUAUCUGAUGUUGAAAAUGAAUCGAAUGGAAUUUUUACAUAUAAUCGAGAAGAAAUUAAAUUUCCUACAGCACAUAUCAAACGUAUAUUAACAAAUGAUUAUUCACAUUUAUAUAAACUUAAACAUAUUUGGAAUCUUACAUCGAUUCCUUAUACUAAUUAUAAAAAAUUAUCUUUCUCAAAAUCGUUCGAUUUUAUUAUUGAUAAUAAUUCAAUAGAUGAUAAUCAUUUUUAUUUUUAUAUAUAUUAUUUAAAUUCUCAAGUGAAUAUAACAAUAGAUCAUUAUCAUCAAAUGAUACUUAAUCAAAAUCAUAAAAUAAAAGAUUAUCAUUAUAUACCAUUACCAUCGAAUCUUUUUCGUGAUUCUAAACAUCAAAAACAUUUUCUAGACAUUCAAGUACAUUAUACACCAUCAUUUGAUGAUGAUGAUAAAGACGAAUCUUUUGUAUAUACUAACAGAACGUUUUAUUUAAAUCUUGUGAUGCUUUCUGUAUAA